UAUUAAAAAAACAUGCAAACGUCCUCAAGUAACUCUUGAAUCAAUCAGUCGAGGAUCUUAACCUGGUGAACUUAGCAGAAGUCAUACAAGCACAAUCAGCCACUUUGUAAUAUGGCCCAGGACCAAUUGGACUCCAAGUUCACGUUCGAAGAUUUGAGGAAAGUGAGCAGUGCAAGAAAACCAAUCAGCAAAUGGUAUACCGCAAGGGAAGUGGGAACACAUUGCUCCACUACUGACUGCUGGGUAACCAUAAGCGGUCGUGUCUAUAAUGUCACCCCACUGUUUGCCGACAAUCCUCCCGUGCUCUGCGAGCCUAUCAUUAAGAACGCAGGCAAGGACAUCAGCCAGUGGUUUGAGCCACGGACGUUCAACAUGGACGAGGAGAUCGGCGUCGAGGUUCUGCUGUGGCGCCAUCCGACAAUGAAGCUCAGCACCUAUUACACUCCUCAGGGUAGAUUUGCACACAUCCCCCCACCAUUUCCGCGAACGGACUUCAACAUGGAUUACAAUCCGUGGUGGUUGGAUAAGAAUUUUGUGAUUGGCUUCCUCAGCAAGCGCACCCAGUUCAUCCGCGUCAAAAAUAUCCUUCUCGACCACGUCUACGUCAUGGAGGUGCCGUGCGAGGAGACCAUCAACGAGAUCCUGUACCGGUACACAGAGCACAACAAGCAUGCAGCGAGCUACGAGUGGAAGGCCAUCUUAGAGUACGACACCAUGAAGUUCUGCACAAUGGACAUGACCAAAACCCUAACAGAGAAUGGUGUCAAAGAUGAGAGCCAGGAAUUUGGGUGCGCAGGCAUGCAGCUUGAUUACUUGCUCCCUGCAAUUCACCUACACUACACUGAUGAUCUCACUGUUGCUUAGAGUUCCCCCACUUUGCAUCUCGUCUGGUAUACUGCACGAAUU